GACGGUUGUUCACUGCGCUUUCGAUGCUUCUCCUAUCACGAUACAGGAGGAAACCCUUCGUUUCAGUCAGUUUCAAGUCGAAACCAAGCCGAAAUAAUGGCAAUCCGGAGGCGUGGCGGGAGCACCAAGAAUCCACCGAUUCUCAGCCAUGAGUUUGUGAUCCAGAAUCAUGCAGACAUCGUGUCGUGUGCCGCAAUGCUCAUUUUGCUCGGUCUAAUGUUUCAGAUUACCAGUCCACUCUCGUCAACAUUUGUUGCCAUGCAAUAUAACGUGACAGUCAACAAUACUGAAGAUCCGGAUGCUGAACCCACGACCCUCUACCAGCAUGGCCUGUUAGACAUCUUUAGUGUGUUCUUUUACUUCCUCAUCUGUGUGGUGAUCCAUGCCGUCAUCCAGGAGUAUGUCUUGGAUAAACUUAACCGUAAGCUGCACCUGUCCAAAGUCAAGCACUCCAAGUUCAACGAGUCGGGCCAGCUGCUGACCUUCUACCUGAUGUCUGUGAUCUGGGGUGUCCACGUCAUCGUCAAGGUGAAAUUAAAUUGUUUUUUCCUCAUAAUUUCAUGGAUGAUCUACAGAUUUUUUGUCCCCAUUUUUCUGUGUUUUCAGGAGGAAGUUAGUGCACGCAUCAGAUAUGCGUCCUUUUACCUUGCCUUCAUAUUGGGGGCAUACAUUCUCAACCUUGGACAUCUUGCCCUGCUGUGCCUUGUGAUCCAUUACAUUGCUGAGCUGACAUUCCACCUCGCACGACUCCUCUACUUUGGAGAGAAAACCGAGUUUUCGGACCCUUUGUUUAGUCUGUGGCUGGUUCUUUUCCUGAUUGCCCGCCUCAGCGUGGUGACCUUGACUGUUCUGGUGGUCUGGUUCGGACUGGGCAAGCUGGAGAACAGCGGACUGGACAUCAAGGCGGGCAACUUCAAUACACCGGUCAUCAGGGUUAGCAUUCUGGCAGGCGUGUCCCUCUUUCAGGCCUGGCUGCUCUGGAUAGUCCUAACCUUCCAGCUACGCCGACGACGAGAGAACCAGCAGGCGGCCGCUCCCCGCAAGAAGACCCCAAUGGGCAAAUCCAAGGACAAAAAGGCCAAGAAAGAUGAAGUCAACAAGAUGCUGAAGGCAGAGAGCGUGGAAGACGAGGGAUUUAGCGACAUGCCCGCUGAGAAUGGAGGAAUGCGCACCAGAAGCAAGAGCAAGAAAAAGUAAAAAGCAGAGCAGUCCUUUUCUUGUCCUUUUUGGUCAUUCUUAAAAAUUUCUCAUUUGCGUUUUUGUUGCGUUACUGAGUAUAGCCUCUCAGUGUGUUUCAGCAUUGAGAAUUUCUGUGUUUUUUUUUUUUCAAAAGGGAGUUAAAUGACUUGGCCAGUUUCACGAAUAUUUCUCUGACAUAGGAUUGUUGGCACUAGGCCCUUUUUAAACUAAAAUUUGACCUUUUCCAUAAACUUCAAGUUUUGUUUGUCAUCUUUUCUUGCUUCUUUUUUUUUCCACUGGGUUACUUAUAAAGUUUUCCAAUCAUGUAAAUAUUGUACAAAGUGAAGCAAUGUAUCCCCGGUGCAUUGGAUCUUCACAAAUUUCCAUGGAGUUGUGCCAUGUGAAACAGCAGUCCUUAGAACUUAGUUACCUUCGAUGGUUCUUCAAACUGUUGACUUGGUGUACAAGCAUUUGGACAUUACUAGCAUUAUUUUGUCGAUGAUUGUCAUAAGCUUUUUUUGGUAGUUCUAGCUUUUAAAUUGGAAAGUGUAAGGGAUUAAGUGAUUUCCAGCUGCAUUUUCUUUUGGCCCUAAUUAACAUUAUUAAAUAUCUUUUAACAAGUUGGGAGUAGAAUUCAUGCAUGGUUAAUAGCUUGUUCGUAUGGUCAAAUAUUGAUGGUAAAAUAGGCGGUUUCCUAAUUUAGUGUAUUAAAAUAUAAGGAAAAGUGGUACCUUACAAGUUUUUGUGUUCCUUAAUAUAGUUGUUUAAUGUUUGAUGCAGUUUGGUAAUGUAUGAUGGAUAAUAAGUCUAUAUUUAAAGAUAUCUGCUUGUUGAUAGCUCAUUAUUUAAUGUUUCUUGGAGAAUUCAAUGGCGUGUUUUUGAUAGGUUUCGUUGUUUAAAUGAAAUCCACCCUGUUGUAAUGUCUCUUAUUAAAACCUAAACAAAUGAGGAACAUUAACUGUGGAAUUUAAUUGACAAGUAGUUUGUAAUUUGUUAUUAUUACUUAUUAUAAAUGUGCGUCUGUGAUUAAUGGUUGCAUUUUUCCCUGUGUCGUUGCACCUGUGAACUUGAUUCCACUUCCUCUCUUUUCCUUUUUUUCCCACUUUACUCUCACAUUGUACAACUGAGGUAUACAUGUAAUAAUCAGUAUCGUGUGCUGUCUAAUGAUAGAGUGUAGGUUUUAAGAAGACUGUGUGAUCUUUGGUAAUUUUUUCUCUCACCAAAGAGUCUUCCGUUUUUGCUGGGCUGGUUCAUUAUACAGGUACCUUCUUUGUUGAUGUGUGUACACUGUACCUUGAACAGUUUGUAUUUGCCUGGCUAUGACAUUGACCCAUCAUUUUGUAAACAAAGGUCACGUAUUCUGUUUGUUAUUGUCUCUGUUGUUUAUGAUAUUGAUAUGAAAGUUUCUAAGCUUAGAACAGCAGCAAUAGGGGUCAGUGUUUUAGAAAUGUUCACAAACUUCUGCUGUAAAUUCCUUGGACCUGCUAAGCAACAAUUCGCUUUGCACAGAGAACAGUUACCCAGCAAACACUGGUUACCAGCCAAAAUGCCAUGGUGCAUAUUGCUCAGAGCUGGUACCCAGCCACAUUUUGCAUAGCCCGUGGCAGUUCUGUAGAAUCAGUCGGUAUAUGUUUAAAACAGCCCGUAUGCUCUAAAUGUGUAAAAACAAGUUGUUAAUUGUACAUAAAUUUAGUCUGGUUCCCAGACUUGACAUUUUCACUUGGGUAUAAUUUGUAAAUUGGGUAGCUACCAUUGAUGCAAUGUGUGACGCAGUGUCUUUAAUGCAAGGUGCGCAUGCCAGUUUAUUUAGAAAGCAAUGGUUAACAGAACAUAAACAAAUGUGGCAGUAAGUACAUGUGUUCAAAAACAAACGUUAUAAAAGUUGAGAAAAGUUACCAUUGUGUAGCAUGUGAGGAAAUCUGUGAAGAAAGGUAGUUUUUAAGUGUUAGAUAUUUCCGAGCAUUGAAUACGUCCAAAAUCACAGAACAUGAGUCUGAAAAAGUUGUCAAAAUCUUACGGUCUGGUAACUAGACUAUACAUAAAUUAUGUACCAAAAACAUUUGGCCCUCUCGCAGCCCUUUUUAUCCAAACCUCAACUGUGUUGCAAGUUUGGUUUCCCCUAGCACCUAAUACAUGAAAAGCCUGGAAAGUUUGAACCAAAUGAAAUUGAACGUCAUACAUUAUGCUUGUGUAAAAACGAUUAGAAAUUGUGAGCUAAGUCUUGCAAGUCAUGUCAGUCAGGGACAUCAAAUCAUGCAGCAGUACCCUGAAGCGACAGCUGCUAAUGCAGUUAAAGUAAACACAUGAAUAAGGCCCAUAGGUCAGUUACCCUGUGGAUAUUUCACUUUGAAUAAUGGUCCAAUGAAAGGAUCUAACUGACUCCAACUGCAUAUCUGACCAAACGAAGUACACCUAACCAGUUCGUUGUUCACUUGAAAAAUUAUCUCACUGUUCAGCACUGCAUAUUCAUGAGUAAUUUUGAAUAUUUAUCACUGAAUUGUACAGUUCAUGUAGAUUAGAUUUUAAGCCUGAUGCCUGUAGAUUGCUAUAGCGGUAAAAAGAAGUUUCUGUUGUCAUUUGAAUGUUAGAACCUUAAUUUUUCUCCUUGAAAACAAGUAUUAAGAAUUAAACCCAAAUCUGUAUAUUUAACAACGUGAAUAAGAAAUUAUUU